UGGUGACGCAGCGUCAGCUGUCCGUGUUUGUUUAUUCCACGGGAGGUGUCGUGGCGGCUUUGGCGCUAAAAUAGCAUCAUCACCAAACUUUCAAGAAUGAUUUAAUGACGAGGUAGUGAGAUGGCGGUGUGUGCUCUGUCCAUGUUGGAUGGCCUGGGUGAUGAGGCCACAGCACUAGGAGGUGUGCUCAUCUUGCUCCUGGCGCUGGUCCUGGCCUGGCUCUCCACCCACGUGGCUGAUCGCGGUGAUCACAUCCUGGGCACGAUCCUCACCGUGGGGGCCCAUGCCUCACUCAUCGGCCUAGGGGGCCAUGACGGCUAUGCGGUAGCUCCAUCCAGCUCAGACUCAGGUGAGCAGCAGAGCGACGAUACAACAGAUGAGGACAAACAGGAGGACGAUGAGGAGGAAGGAGAAGCAGGAGAGGAGCUGCUGGAUAUCCAAGGAGGCAGGAAGAAAACGAGCCGAGAGCGCGAAGGAGAGAACGAGGGCACGGAAGAUGACGAGGACGAGGGCACAAGCAUCACGGUGCGACUGAAGUUUCUGAAUGAUACAGAGGAGCUGGCUGUGCUGAAGCCUCAGGAUACAGUCGGGGUGCUGAAAAGUAAAUACUUCUCCGGGCGUGAGCGUCAGAUUAAGCUGAUCUAUCAAGGGCAGCUGCUUCAGGACCCACGACGCACACUGCUCUCACUCAACAUCACUCACAACAGCGUGCUGCACUGCCACAUCUGCCAGGCCCAGAGUCCAGCCUUGGCCCAGGCCGAGCCAGACGACAGGCAGGGUUCUCAAGCCGGGUCGGGUAUCAGCGGUGGCCUGCGCUCAGCUGCUCUCACGUUUAGCACGGGCAGCCUGGUGGUCCCGGUGUUUGUCGUGCUACUAGCCGUGGUCUGGUAUUUCCGUUUCAACUACCGGCAGCUAUUCACGGCGCCGGCCACCGUCUCUCUGGUGGGGGUCACCGUCUUCUUCAGUUUUCUCAUCUUCGGCAUGCACAGCCGCUGAGUAUACAGACAGAAAAAGGAAUAACAAAAGAAGGCAGGUUGUUAAAAAAAAAAGUUAAAAGUGGGUUAAAAUGCAUUUAAUGGAAUGAUUAUAAUGUGAAAAAGCAGAUGCUGCGUGAUGAGGAGAAGGAAUGGUAGCAGACAAAGUACUCAGGGAGCCUUUUGGCUUCUGGUGCCAUUUAGAUGCGUGGUGUGUCUGGGUGUGUAGGAGAGAGAGAGAAGAAAUGUGUGUGUGUGUGUAUGUGUUUGUGUAAGGAUUUCCUCAUGGGUGAUUAGGGAGAUAUUUUGCUGUAAUUAUGCUUUAGAUUCAUGUAAUCUUUAUAGUAAUUUAAUCUCAACACGAGGAUGAUUUUUUUUUUCCUCAAGUCACUGUUCAGCUCUUUGUUGUGGAUUAACUUCUAUGCCAGUUUUUCUUGUCAUUGUUUAAAAAAACAAGCUCCAACCUAGUCUCUAAUCUAUCAUAUCUGUAGCAUCCAGCCUGAUUCUCUGCACUGAGAAAAGAGCUGCAAGCCUCUUAACUCAUAGACGAAGAUCAGGUUUUGUCUAUCCAUGCAGCAAGAGAGGUUUUUAAAAAAUAUAUAAUUUAAGAAAGAAUUCCACAAAACUGUUACAUGUAAAAUUAAAUUUAUUGAUAGAAUUCAAACCCUUACUUCUUAUCAUUGCAGUCAAUGUAAAAGAAAUUUAUGUUACGUUGCUAAUCACCUUAACUUCCUGCACCCUUUCCAGUAAACACAAGAUGUGAUAGAUGGACAUUAGGUUGGGAAACUCCAGAGUAUUCCACUCAUGACUGUUUUGUUUCUAUACAUGCAUCACUUCAACUGUACAGUUCCACUGACCACGCGAUACACGAAUCAGUAAACCAGAGGGUCAUAUUUGUAACCAAACUUUAUCAAAGAAUCUUACUUUCAUAAUAACGAAGUGCCGUUUUGUGUUAUGCUAAUCAUUUAGCAUAUUUAUUUUCUGAGUAUGUUUUGUAUGAUUAACGAGUGUGCAUAGCAUACUAGCUCCUUUGUUUCUGUUCAUGUUUAAGUUUUGUUAAACAGUAUUACCUUUGAGGUGAAAAAACAAACAAAACAAUAUUAUAUUAGUUUCAAUACUUGGAAUGAUUUGUUCUUUAGCAAUACACAUUGUGCUUUGUGCACACAUGAAUCGAGUUAUUAUUCAAAAACAGAGAUAACAAAUGAUAAUUUAGUUCUGUAAAUAAAAAGUGUAUUCUGUACAUAAUAUAAAAAAGUGAAAAUUAAAUCUCGUUUGACAUCGA